AUGGCAAGAACUGUCUGCUCUUGCAUUUUAAUGGUUGCUGUGAUGUUCAUGGCAAUGAAUGAGAAAUCUGAAGCUGCUCGUCAACUGUUGCAGACCAACAUUAAUCCGCCAGGUGGCUCAGGGGUUGUACCGUCUUUUCCCACUAUCCCGGGCAUGCCACGUUUUCCAAGAAUACAGGGAAUGCCGCCAAUUCCAUCAAUCCCAACUACUAUUAAUUUUCCAAAAUUCACAAUGCCACCAAUGCCUUCUUCAUUCCCUUCCUUCCCGACAAUUCCAUCUAUCUCAUCAAUCCCAUUUUUCGCUCCACCACCUCCUAAGAAUUAA